AGAAUGUUACACUUGUUCCUCGACGAGCUGCUGCUCCUCGUGGGAUCGCACAAAAAAAGAAGAAGAAGCGCCGAAAGGGAUGAAGCUGCCAGAAAUGGUCACAUUUAUGGUCGGAGCUAACAUCUUGAUCGGGUGUGUGAGGGUACUGCCACAAGUUGAUUAAUCUAUGUUAGUCGGCCAAUACCCGACCAAAACAGCUUGUGUUCCUUCCCAUUUCAAGAAAAUAUAAAAACCCCCAAGUCCUUCAAGAUUUUCCCUAGAAUCUUACUCAGGAUUCAAAUUGUCACGAGCAAGUUGUACGCACGCAUUGAAACCUCCUAACUACAAUCCUCGUCGAAUUCAAGACAAAAUCCAAUCACAAUGCUUUACAAACUCGCCGCCGUUGUCCUCGCGUCGAGCUUCGUGUCCACAGCCUCGGCCGCCUUCAACUUCUACUGCCCAGGGGUCAAUGCGACAGGUUUCUAUCCAUCGUGCUGCAGAGGCAUCACUGGCCAGGUUGGGGUGGAUUGUUUCAGUGCCCACCUCAUCGGCGGUUUGCCCAACUUCGAGUGCAACAUCGGGCCCCCAAAUAACCAGCGCGGGUGCUGCCAAUCGAUCAACUACACCAACCCGAACACGGGUUAUAGGCUGAGCCUGUGCACCGACACCACGGCCUACCCCCCAGUAUAACCAUGGUCAGGUUCGCAGGUUGCACUGCAGUCUUGAAUGGAGAAAAAGGGUGGUUGGCGCAGAAAUAUGUGCGCCAAACAUUGCCAACACCUAGACUAGACCAAGACAUCAGAGCCAUUGAGAAGUACAGUGGGAGAUAGGCUGGGAGGAUAGCGAUGAUUAGCCUCGUGAAGAAAAUGAUUACUAAUUUACUAUUGAGAAGUGUGGUCUGGUGCGCGUACUGUUGGAAUUUGCCCUAAUAUAUCGACCAAUUUGAGUUUACUCAACAAUGAUUCAAGUUCC